UUGUGUGAUGUGAUGUGCCACUAAAGGUUCAUUUCUUCCUCAUCGUCUGCGCAGCUGUCCCGGCACCGCUGGUUGGAAAGGCUGUCCUUGGCCUGCUUUGGUGCCCUUUCAAGAAGACCAGCAGAAGGCAGGACCAAUCUGCUCUUACGGCUGCAGGUCCCAGAGGCACCGGGUGUGAGCCAGUGUGACUGGGGAGCGGGCCUCCCCUGGCAGGUGACGGGGCGGGCGGCACGCUGAGCAGUGAGGCCCGGAGGCCAGCAGCGUGGACUUGAACCUCCGGCGUCUGCAGCAAGCCAGUCUGUGUCUCCGGGGAGGAGACCGCGGGCCGGCCUCCGAGGACCCCGAGCCUCGGCUUCCCGCUGCACCCGCGGUGAGCGGCGUCCAGCCUUCUCAUUGUGGGUGAACAGCCCCAGAGGGCCAGCUGAGCCCCUGAGCCUCAGAUGCCGCUCCGCAGAGACAGGCCAGUGUCAGAGAUGGUGUUCCCUGGGUUCGGCCCGUCGCCCACUAGCCCCACGGCCGCCAAGGAGCCGCCUCUGGCCAGGCUGUGCGCCCAGGUGGACCUGCAUCUGGGCUGCUCCCGCUGCACCCAGCGCCUCAACGAGAGCACAUACCUGCUGCGCGCGGUGGAGCACAGCUGCCCCCGCCAGAUCCUGCUGGCUCGCUCCAAGCGAGCCACCAAGCGCAGGGUCUGGCGCAAGGUGGACCGGCGGCCCAGCUUCCCGCAGCCCUUGCGCUAUGAAGUUUGCCGCUACUACAGGCCUGGGGUCGGGUGCCGGCGCCACUACAACCAGUGUACCUUCGCCCGGAGCCCUGAGGAGGCGCUGGUCUGGAACUUCGAGCGUGAGCACAACCUCUCCCGGCUGUGGCUGAAGGCCGCGGUGCAGGGCGGCGGGGCCCAGGGCGAGCUGCGCAGCCCAGCUGAUGCCAUCUACGCGGAGUUUGGUGGCCAGUUCCAGCUGCUCUGCUCGUGCUGCUUCCGACGCUACCCGCCGCGCCUCUGCCCUGUGGACCCUCCGGGGUGGUGCUCCCAGCACGGGGCCUGCCCCUCGCUCCUGGUUCACGUGAGCACUGAGGGCCGCCGCAGGCAGCAGGUUGUGGAGGUGCGGCCACGGCCCCAGUACAGUCAGCCACUGGCCUACUGCAUGUUCGUCGGGCGAGGGCGGCCAUGCCGGCACGGGGCAUCCCGUUGCCAGUACGCUCACAGUGCUGUGGAGAUGGCUGUGUGGGAGGCGGAGCAGCUGAGUGGGCUCCGGCGGGGGGACCUGCUCAUGCCCCCUGCACCCGCGGGAAACGGGCACACAGCCCCGCACAGCCAGCCCCCUAGAGUCCGGCUGUACUGCCGCGUCUGCCUGGUCACCUGUCACUCCCAGGAGGCCUUUGAGAAUCACUGCUCAUCCGUGGAGCACGCGCACAUGGUGGCCUUGGACCAGGCCGUGCCCUGGAAGCAUCGCAGCCCGCCCACUGGGCUCUCCACGUUCGAGCUCUGCCCCAGGCCCGAUCUCUGUGAGUACGGGGUUGUCUGCACCAAGGCGCAUUCGGAGCAGGAGCUGCAGGAGUGGGUGUCACGGGUGCAGACCGUGGAGCUGCGGGAGAAGGCGGCCUGGCAGGAGGGGCUGGUGCCCUACCAAGUGCGGCUGCUGGCAGAGUACCGGCGCAGCAGCAGUGAGAUCUCGGUGCUGGCCGAGACCGUCGACGGCGUGUCCAUCACCUGCAACCAGCCCCUGGUGCAUCAGGCCCAGGAGAAGAAAACUGAGCACAGCUGGAUGUUCACCAUCCACUCUGAGGAGCCGCUGCUGCACGUGGCCCUGCUCAAGCAGGAGCCGGGAGCAGACUUCUCGCUGGAGGCUCCCUGCCUCCCCCGGGGCCAGGUCUACGCAGAGGGGGAGCGCUUCUGUGUGCCCGGCUCCCGGGCUGAGUUCCAGGUGGGGGUGUGUGUGCAGAGCGCCUCCUUCGGCACCUUCGAGCAGUGGGUGGUCUUUGACUUUGGCCGCCGGCCGGCACUGCUGCGAAAGCUGGGGUUGCAGCUGGGCCAGGUGCACUGCACAGGGCUCCAAGGGACGCCAGUGCCUGGCCACCCCAUGGAGCUGGAGCGCUGGCACCCUGGCAACCGCCACGUGGUGCCCAGUGUGGCUCGGACGGCAGAGCAGGUGGCCCUGAUGGCCAAGUACAAGGUGCCUGCCCUGGCCCUGGAGUUCAGUCGCAGUGGCCCGGCCCCAGGUCCCAUCUCCUGCACCAACUAUCGGCAGAGGAUGCACCAGUUUCUCUAUGAAGAGGAGGCCGCUCAGCAGCAGCUAGUGGCCAAGCUGAACCUUCGGGGCCCAGUGUCCCUGAAGACGGCACUGCAGACACCAGCCCUGGGCAUGCUCUUCCCGCCACCGGGAGCCCUCUACGCCCAGGUCCCCAUCCCCUCUUCCCUGACACCGGACACAGACCAGGGCUUUCUGCUAAGCCGGGCGGUGAGCACGGCCCUCGUGGCCCCUGUGCCCGCGCCUGACCACACAGUGUUCGAGGUGCGGCUGGAGACCCGGGCCAGCUCAGAGCAGGCGUUGUGGCUGCUGCUGCCUGCCCAAUGCUGCACAGCCCUGGGGCUGCAGCCUGAGGCCAGCCCGGUCUUGGAGGUGCAGUUUCAGAUCGAUCCGCUGACCUUCCGCCUCUGGCACCAAGCGGUAGACGCGCUGCCUGAGGAGCGCCUGGUGGUGCCCGACCUGCUGGCCUGCACCCUGCCCUGCCCGUGGCCCACCCCACCCGCCCUGCACGGCAACCGCAAGCAGAGACUGGCCGUGGAGUUCAUAGUGGGCAGCAACCCUGGGGGCACACAGCCCAUCGCUCCGCUGCUCAUCUAUGGCCCCUUUGGCACGGGCAAGACCUACACGCUGGCCAUGGCCUCCCUGGAGGUCAUCCGGCAGCCCCACACCAAGGUCCUCAUCUGCACACACACCAACAGCGCGGCCGACAUCUACAUCGAGGAGCAUUUCCAUGGCUACGUCAGCAGCGGCCACCCGGAGGCCGCGCCGCUCCGGGUGAUGUACACGGACCGCCCGCCCAGCCAGACGGAUGCAGCCACGCUGCAGUACUGCUGCCUGACGGAGGACCGCCGGGCCUUCCGCCCGCCGACGCAGGCCGAGCUGGAGCAGCACCGCAUCGUGAUCACCACCACCUCCCAGGCCCGGGAGCUCCGGGUGCCCGCCGGCUUCUUCUCGCACAUCCUCAUUGACGAGGCCGCCCAGAUGCUGGAGUGCGAGGCGCUCACCCCGCUGCGCUACGCCUUGCCCAGCACCCGUGUGGUGCUGGCAGGCGACCACAUGCAGGUCACGCCCCGCCUCUUCAGUGUGGCCAGGGCCCAGGCGGCCGGCCACACGCUGCUGCACCGCCUCUUCCAGCACUACCAGCAGCAGACGCAUGAGGUCGCCCGGCGGAGCCGGCUCGUCUUCCACGAGAACUACCGCUCCACCGAGGCCAUCAUCAGCUUCAUCUCGCACCACUUCUACGUGGCCAAGGGCAACCCCAUCCACGCCAGCGGCAGGGUCCCUCGCCACCCCCGGCACUACCCGCUCAUGUUCUGCCACGUGGCGGGCAGCCCCGAGCGCGACAUGUCGAUGACGUCCUGGCUCAACACGGCCGAGAUUGCCCAGGUUGUCGAGAAGGUGCAGGAGAUCCAUGACACCUGGCCCCGCUGCUGGGGCAGCCGCGAGCAGAAGCACAUCUGUGCCGUGUCCCACGGCGCCCAGGUGAGUGCGCUGAGGCAGGAGCUGAGGAAGAGGGGCCUGGGCCAGGUGUCUGUGGGCAGCUUUGAGAUCCUGCCAGGGCGGGAGUUCCGGGUGGUGGUACUGAGCACUGUGCACAACCACCGCAGUCUGCUGGGCCCUGGGGCGCCUGCCCUGGAGUUCUUCACAGAUGCCCGCGUGCUCAACACCGUCAUGACCCGAGCCCAGUCCCAGGUGGUGGCUGUGGGCGACGCCGUGGCGCUCUGCUCCUUCGGGGACUGCAGCAAGCUCUGGAAGAGCUUCAUCCGCGAGUGUGUGGAGCAUCGCAGCGUCUUCCCUGAGGACCUAUCGCUGGAGCAGAUCAAGCAGGGUGUGGUCCAGAGGCAGCGCUGGGACCUCCACACAGAGAGAUCGGUGGCAGUGGGGGCCGUGGACACUGUCCUGGAGCAGGGGGCAGCAGGGGGCCCAACCACAGAGCACACGGCAGUGGCGAAGGUCAAGCCAGGGGCUGUGGCCGAGGAGGGUGCAUCCCCGUCCAGGACCUCGGCGGCAGAGGACGUGGCCACACAGAAGGCAGAGGCUGGGGACACAGUGUCAGGGUCUGCAGCUGGGGGCCUCCCAGCAGCAGAAGGGGCAGCCCCAGUGCACACGCAGGAGGGGGACACGGCCUCAGCAGGGAACUUGGCGAGGGGUGACGUGGCCCCUAGGGACGCCACCGCAAGCAGGUCCAAGGACCCCGAGGACUCCGAGUCCGACUUCUGGCCUUCCGACGGGGAGCUCGAUGCCGACGACUCCCUCCUGCAGGAGCUCCUGGACGAGAGCCGGAACGUGACGGUGACCGUUGGGGAGGACGGGCUGCUGGACACCAUCCCUAGGCCCGCAUCCCCACAGCAGGCCCGGCAGUACGUGAACCUGCCCCAGGCCACGCUGUGGAGGCUGCUCCGUGAGGAGCCCGAGCUGUACCGCCACUGCGCCUUCACACAGGAGACCUUUGAGCGGGCGACAGCCGUGCCGCUGGACGGCGCAGGCCCCGGCCCCAUCCAGGUCAGGGGCCGCCUAAACUGCGGGAUGGCCUUCACCGGGGACGAGGUGCUGGUGAAAGUCUUUGGCGGGGCUGCUGGCGACAGGGGCCCCACGGGGCGGCUGCAGGGCCGCGUGGUGGGCGUGCUCAAGAGGAGGUGCCGUGAGCUCGUGUUCGUGUGUCGCAUGGAUGAGUGGGACCCCCGCAUCAUGACCCCCAUCGACGGCUCCGUGACCAAGAUCUUCGUGGCUGAGCUGAAGGACCCACUGCAGGUGCCCAUCCACCGCCUCCUGCAGGGCCACGUGCAGCGGGUGAGGUACGAGCCGCUCACGGCCAAAGCCCGGCGCGACCGGCUCUUCCGGGUGCGUGUCGUCCUGUGGCGGGAGCGCUUCUACUAUCCGCUGGGCAUCGUCCUGGAGGUGCUGCCCCAGGCCGACACCUGGCAGCGGGGCCUCCACGCCCUGGACCUGGAGUUCGGCCUGAGGGACCCCUCGCCAGACCCAGCCUCGGUCUCUAAGGCGCUGCAGAAGUUCCGCGCAGAGCUUGGCCGGAGGCCUGGCUGCCGAGAGGACUGCCGCGGCUUCCUGACCUUCACCGUGGACCCUCAGGGCGCCCGCAGCCUCGACGACGCCCUCAGCGUCCGGGACCUGGGCCCCCGGUACGAGGUGGCUGUGCACAUCACCGACGUGGCCAGCGUCAUGCCCCGGGACAGCGGGCUGGACGUGGAGGCCCGCAGGCAGGGCACCUCCUUCUAUGCCCCCGACCGGGAGCCGGUGCCCAUGCUGCCAACUGGCCUCUGCCAGGACGUGUUCAGCCUCCUGCCAGGCCAGGACCGGUUGGCCAUCUCCCUCUUCCUCACCGUGGAGAAGGGCAGUGACCAGGUCCGGGGCCUGCGCUUUGCGCCCUCCAUGAUCCGCUCCAACCGCCAGCUGUCUUAUGAGGAGGCUGAGCAGGUGAUCAAGGGGCACCCGGGUGCGGGCCUGGAGCUGCCAGCCCGCCUGGACUCGGUGGACGCCUGUGUGGCAGCCGCGUGCCACCUCUCCCGGGUGCUGCGUCGCCGCCGCCUGCAGGGCGACUGCCACUACAAGCAGCUGGACGAGGACAGCAUGCUGGGCUUCCGUGCAGCCCACGUCAUGGUCCAGGAGUACAUGAUCCAAUUCAACAGACUGGCAGCUGAGUUCCUGGUGGGCAGUGAGCGCACGCGGACGGUCACACCACUGAGGUGGCAGCCCAUGCCCAGCAGCCGCCAGCUGGAAGCCGUGCGUGAGAAGCAUGGGGGGCUGGUGCCCCUGUCGCUGCACCUGCGCCACCACCUUUGUGGCCCCGGCCCCCCCGACACACACCUGCACCUCCUGGCCUCCCUCUGGAGGCACGUCCAGCUUGCAGCCCGAGCCCAGGACUUUGAUGGGCUGGUGGACCUCAUCACCACGGACGACGUGCACCCCUCGCUGGCUCCCGCAGGCCUCGACUUCCGCCGGGCCCUGGGCCGCUCUGUCUUUGGCCGCUCCAGCCAGGGUGAACAGCAGCCAGCCAGCCACUACUCGCUGCAGGUGGAGUGGUACACGUGGGCGACCUCGCCCAUCCGCAGGUACCUGGAUGUGGUGCUCCAGCGGCAGAUCCUGUUGGCGCUUGGCCAGGGGGGCUCCGCCUACUCCCCCAGGGACAUCGACGGGCUCUGCCAGGACUUCAGCCACCAGCACAUGAGCGCCCAGAGGUACCAGCGCCGGGCCUACAGCCUGCACCUGGCCACGCGGCUCAAGGCCCAACCCCAGGACAAGCUGGGCUUCGUGGUGGACGUGGAGGUGGGCGCCCGCUGCUUCAAGCUGCUCUUCCCUGCCAACCGCGAGACCCUGCCUGAGCCCUGCCCUGUCUACUACCGCUCCCUGCAGCUGUCCGAGCACCCCCACAGCCUGGCGGGCCGGCCGGGACUGCAUCUCUUGUGGCGACGCCGCAUCUACUCGGUGCAGGCGGAUCAGCCGUGCCACCCACUGCCCGGCGCCCUGCUCGACCCACAUACCCGGCCCAUUGACACUGCCCUGUGGCAGCAGCUGCUGGAGCUGGUGGAGGAGCAGCGGUGGCCCGAGGCAGCUGCCCUCGUGCAGGCUCAGGGCGCCACGGAGCCCCGGCCACGGGAGCUGGGGCGGGUGUGGCGGAGCCACUGUGACCACUUCGUGGAGGUGGCCCGGGAGCUGAGGGGCGGGGACACGCUGCAGGUGCAGCUGAGCGCCACCCUGCAGCGUGGGUUCCUGGCGCCGGUCCUGCAGCUGUGGACCGUGGCGCCUGGCCUCGUCCUCUGCCUGGAGCACGCAGAGCGGCCAGGCGACUGCUUCUCGGGCCAUGUGCCCCAGGCAGGGCGGGACCGGUGCCGGGACGUGAACGAGUACUCCCGCGUGUGGCAGCCGUUCUGCUCCCUGGAGUCGGCCACCAGCGCGGUCGCUGAGAACGACUCCAUCACGCUGCAGCACGUGAAAAUAUCCUGGGAUGCGGAGCGGACGCCACAGGGCCAGCUACAGGGCACCUUCUGCCUCGAGGCUGCCUUCCUCCGUGAGCACUGCAUCGACAUCAGCCUCGACCACUGCUACCUCUGCAUCCGGCUUGAGGGGCUGCCGGCCGUGCCCGACAAGAGGGCGCCAUGCCCCCCGGGCAGUCCUGGCCAGCCUCCCUCCGCUGCUCCACCCCGCGGGCCCAGCAGCCUCAGCCCCAUCCUGAGCAUUGACCCUGACACCUACACCUGGGUGGCCCAUGGGCUGACCGAGGACGGGGACCUGAAGGAGGGCAGGGCAGACCGGCAGGAGGCCCGCAAGCAGGUGCACUUCUUUAUCCACCACAUGGCCAUGGAGAAGGUUCCAGAAGAGGUGCUGAGGCCCGGCAGCCGAUUCACCAUUGAGGUGUUGCCCAAGCAGCUUCCCGACCUCCGCAAGGAAGAAGCUGUGCGUGAUCUGGAGAGUGCGUCCCCACUGGUCAUCAGCAUCGCCCUGGGCCAGCCCAUCCCCUUGCCCCGCUGCCCUCCUCACCAGCAGCCCCUCCACAGAGGUAGGUGGGGAGGCCCUCCAACUUCCCCCCUGCCCCUUUGUCCUGGCCCGGCGCUGCCCUGCACCGGUGCUCAGGGAGGCCUGGCUGCUCCCUCAGGGACCCCCCGCAGGUUCCUGGAGCGACAGGCCUUCGACAUCCCCGGGAGCCACCACAAGCUGAACCCCAGCCAGAAAGGAGCCAUUAGGGAAGCUCUGAGAAAGCAGUUCACGGUCAUCCAGGGACCACCAGGCACGGGAAAGACGGUGGUGGCCCUCCACCUCGUGUUCUGGUUUCACAAGUCAAACGAGGAGCAGGCGCUGGCCUGUGGCAGCCCUGGGGGGGAGACGCGCCUGGGGGGCCCCUGCAUCCUGUACUGCGGCCCCUCCAACAAGUCGGUGGAUGUCCUGGCAGGGCUGCUCCUGAGCAGGAGAGCAGAGCUGAAGCCCCUUCGUGUGUACAGCGAGCAGGCCGAGGCCACCGAGUUCCCCGCACCCGGUGUGGGCAGCAGGGGUCCGCCCAAGAAUACCCCUCGGGAGGGGAGGCCGAACCAGACCCUCAGGAGCAUCACCCUGCACCACCGGAUCCGGCAGCCCUCCAACCCCUACGCCUCCGACCUCAAGGCAUUUGAUGCCCGGCUGCAGAAAGGGGAAGUGUUCUCCAAGGAAGACCUCCUUCGGUACAGGAGGACGCUGGGGAAGGCAAGGAAGUUCGAGCUGGACCGCCACAGGGUCAUCCUGUGCACGUGCUCGUGUGCAGCCUCGGUCAGCCUCAAGAAUCUGGACGUCCGGCAGAUCCUUGUGGAUGAGGCAGGCAUGGCCACGGAGCCCGAGACCCUCAUCCCUCUGGUGACCUUCUCGAGGGCGGAGAAGGUGGUCCUCCUUGGGGACCACAAGCAGCUUCGGCCUGUGGUCAAGAACGAGCAGCUGCAAAACCUGGGUCUGGAUCGGUCUCUCUUCGAGCGAUAUCACAGGGACGCCUACAUGCUGGACACGCAGUACCGCAUGCACAGGGACAUCUGCACCUUCCCCUCCAUGGAGUUCUACAAGGGCAAGCUGAAGACCUGGCAUGGCCUGAGGAGGCCGCCCAGCGUCCUAGGCCACGCUGACAAGGAGAGCUGCCCUGUCAUUUUUGGCUACGUGCAGGGCCAUGAGCAGAGCCUGCUGGUGUCCACAGAUGAAGGGAACGAGAACUCUAAGGCCAACCUGGAGGAGGUGGCAGAGGUGGUUCGCAUUGCCAAACAGCUGACCCUGGGCAGGACAGUGGACCCCAAGGACAUUGCCAUCCUCACGCCCUACAAUGCACAGGCCACAGAGAUCAGCAAGAGACUUGUGCGAGAGGGCAUCACGGGAGUAACAGUGUGCUCCAUCACCAAGAGCCAGGGGAGCGAGUGGCGCUAUGUGCUGGUGAGCACCGUCCGCACGCGCCCUGAGAGUGACGUGGACCAGCGGCCGACUAAAGGCUGGCUCAAGAAGUUCCUCGGCUUUGUGGUGGACCCCAACCAAGUGAACGUGGCCAUCACCCGGGCCCAGGAGGGCCUCUGCCUCAUCGGAGACCACCUCCUCCUGCGGUGCUGUCCUCUCUGGCGUCGACUCCUGGACUCCUGUGAGGCCCAGCAGAGCCUUGUGCCCGCUGGCCAGGUGCGGGUCCAGAGGAGGCCAGCCGUGUCUUUCUGAAGAGCCCUGCCCACCCACUGCCCUCAUGCUGCCAGGACUGUAAGGAAAAGUCUCAGGCCUUCCUGAGCCAGACACCUUGGUGGGCCCAACUCAGCAGAAUCCCAUGUGCCUUCAGUGGUCACUGCCAGCUACCAUCCGGCCACCUGGCUGCCUGGGCAGGGGUCUGGAGGCUGGCCGCAAUGGUGCACAAUAACCACAUUCCUGAGUCUUGUCUUCUCCCCAGGCGGGAGCAGGCCAGGCGGUGCCCGGCCGUCAUGUGCAUCAACCUGGGGGGCAGGUCCCGCCCUCCUUGCAGAGCUGAUUUGCUGGGACAUUUGGGGACAGGGAGCAUCUCGGGUGGGGGUGGGGUCCCCGAACCAGCACGACACCUUCGCUGGGAAGGCUUGGGGUCAGGAAGGAAAUCCUGUUGCUCUUUGAUCUUUGGACGCCAUCCCUGACCACACUGGUUUUGGCCAGGGAACUCAGCUUUAUUUUCUAUUUUUAAAUAAACCAAAAGCCAGUUUUUUUUUUUACUGGAACAGGGUCCACAGCCCACACUCAGGGCAAGGAGGCCUCCCUGGGAGAGAGGUUUUUCUCUGUCACCACUGCCCCGUCUGCUUGGACCCACAGCCUGUGUUCUUGAGGGGCCACUGCCCGGCAGGGGGAGGGCAGACUCGAACCAGAUGGCCACACAGUCUCCCGGACCCGCCCCUCUGGACGUGCCAGGCCGUGCGGUGCUCCUGUGGGCGUGGGUGGGGCGGGAUCAGGUGCCUGGACAGGCACCCAUGCUCCCACCCCGAGCUCUGUGUCACGCUGUUUACUCAGGCCUGCUCCCAGGUCAGGGCCUUCGGCACGGCCUGCCCAGUGCAUCUUUCUUUGUGAGAUUGACCUUUGCACACGCAUUUGGGUCCUGCCUGGAAAGCUGUGCCCUCCAUGGCUGGCCCACUCCUGCCCACCCUGAGGCUGCUCUGACUCUGGAAAACAGAGCUUGUGGCAUUGGGCAUGCUGCAAAGGAGCUGUUCACACCGGAGGGGCUCGCCCCACCUGUGGCCCCCCAGCAGACCCCUCUGUGGGGGUAGGGGUGGGGUGUCUAUGUGUCUGUCUGAUGUUUUAUACAAAUUAAAUUUAUACAAUUAAAUUUAUACAAUUAAAUUUUAGUAUAUUUUCUUG